AUGGCUCGUGUGCUUUGCCUCCUCUUCUCCGUCUUCUCCGUGUUCGCCGAGGAGACGCCCUCCCUUCGAGGUGCAGGCGACAAGGGCGAUAACUUGCACAGCACCGAUGUGGCCUGCACUGGUACUGGCAGCUUGUCCUCGGAGGGGCCUUCCUGCUACGGUGGGAACAUUCUGGGACAAUCUUACGCCCUCGAGGUCACCAACUUCGACGGAAGCUCGGGCGUGGUGAACAUGCACGCGGAUGGCGCUGCCAUCACAGGCGAAUGCCACGGCGCAGAGUUCCACAGCAACGAGAACAUUAUUACCGUGGAGAACUACAAUGGUUGCCUUCUUGGUGCACUCAAGGCGGAAUACAAGGUCCACUACUGCCCGGACCAGGACUACGUGAUUGUGAACGUGCUCAAGCCCUUCGAUGUAAGGGUGGUCCUGCCAAGCCAGAGCUGUGCAGGUGAGGUCUGA